GCCAAUAAUCCCCCAUCGUCCUGUUCUUCACAUAUUCUGCGCUUUAAAAAGGGAACUGCUGUCUGAUACUUUCAUUUAAUGAGACACCAACUCAGAGAUUUCUUCAUCUUCAGAUUGAUAGCAAGUCGGUUUCCUGAAUUCUGGCAUAUAAAGGUUUGGCUCUUGCUUGGAUGUACAAUGUGGUGCUUGCUUUGGAUGUUCUUCUUUAAGGGUGUUAUAUGUGAUGAUAAUCCACUAAACAUCAGUCCCAGUUUCCUGACGGCCUGGAAGGGAUCCUGUGUGCUGAUUCCAUGCCAGAUCAAGUUAGGACAUCCUAUCCCUAAACUCAACAACAUCUCUCUGAUUUGGUGGUACAAGCCUGUUUGGUAUCUUAGCCCGAAAGAUUAUAAUGGUGUCAUGUUGUACAAUGGCUCUACAACUUCAAUAAAUCAUACAAGCCCAGCAAGUCCCCCUUUUCAAGAUCGGGUGAGGUUCACUGGAGAUUUACACAAUGGAAACUGUAGUUUGAAGAUUUCUCAACUCCAGGAAAGUGAUACUGCUAUGUUUGGAGUAAGACUUUAUGUCUUUGCGCAAUAUCGAUCUACCAUGAAGUGGUUUCUCAACACUACUAUUACUGUUUCUGACUCGCCUCCAAAACCCAAAAUAACAUUUAGCCGCCAGCAAAUCCAAGAAAAAGAGAAAACUUAUGUGACUUGUUCUGUUUCCUACCAUUGUCCUGAUGAACCAGUAAUGGUGAUUCUCACUGGUUUGGAAGAGGGGCGCAUGAUUCCCCAAAAAGCUAUUGAAAGGAAAAGAGUGGCCCAAACAUAUCUGAGUUUCAUGCCAACUUGGAAGGAUCACAGAAAGCAGCUGACAUGUCUGCUAAAAAGCCAUAAUGGGACAGAAAUUUCCCGGGAUGCUGUGGAACUGGAUGUGAAGUAUGCUCCUCGGGGAGUUCAAUUGACUGCUACACCUGGCAUCACAGUCACAGAAGGGAUGAAGCUAUCUCUCAAGUGCUUAGUCAAUAGCAGCAACCCAGCUGCGUCUUACCAAUGGAAGAAGAAUAAUGGCAUCAUCUACUAUACUGAAGAUAAAAUAGAAUUUCAUUCUGUACAAGAGGAACAUUCUGGUCGCUAUAAAUGUAUAGCUGAAAAUCAAUUUGGAACGGUUGACUCAAAUGAACUUAAUAUAGAUGUUCAAUAUCCACCUAAAGAAACCAAAGUUCAAUGUCCAUCAUGUGGAAACAUCAGGGAGAAGAACCCAGUGGUCUUACAGUGCUCUUCGAAAGGCAAUCCUUCCAUCCGUCGCUAUGAAUGGUUCAAACAUAGUGAACAAUCUAAAAUCAGCAUGCAGAAGGAGCUGCGUUUUAAGGCAGUCCAGCCCAGCGAUUCCAACACUUAUUUUUGCAAAGCCUACAAUGGCAUUGGAAAUUCGACAUCUCUUCCUUUCACGCUGGAUGUUCAGUAUGGCCCCAAGGACGUCCAGAUUGACAUUUUAAAUCUCUUUCCCAUAAAAGAAGAAGAUAUUAUCACAUUUAACUGCUCCGUGGGCAGCAGUAACCCCAAAACAAACACAUACAAGUUGCUUAACUCAAGAGAUGUGCCUGUGAAGUCAACGACUGAGUCAAACUUAAUAACCUUCCCUGCAAAACCUGGACCUAUCACUUCUUACAAAUGUGAAGCAUGCAAUGAUAUUGCCUGUACUCAAUCUCCAGAAAUCACUGUGGAUGUACACUUUGCCCCCAAGGAGGUAAGAGCUGUACGGCAGCCAUCAGGACUGAUUGACGAAGGCGCCAUUGUGAAGCUGAGUUGUGAAGUGGGAAGAGCAAAUCCUGAGGAACUUACCUAUAUAUGGUACAAAGAUACAGAUCAGGUGCUCUCUGAAACACCCAUACUGACCAUCCAGAAAGUGACUUCAAGAGCUUCUGGCAAUUAUCACUGCAAAGCCAAAAACAGUGUGGGCAUAGUAUCUUCCUCAGCUGUUUUGCUGGAUGUCCGUUAUGGGCCCAAAGACAUCCACGUGUCCCUGAAUCUUCAGGAAGCUGUCAUUGAGGGAAAAGAUGCUUUGCUGCAGUGUAAAAACACUGCCAAUCCUUCAGCAAAUGUUUAUAAGUGGUACUGGAAUGGAGAAGAGAUGGCUCAGAAGAAUACUCCGGUCCUUGAACUCCGAAAAGUCCAGGUUGGGCAGUCAGGAGAUUAUUCUUGCAAAGUGUCAAAUCAAGUGGCAGAGGGGCAGUCACAGCCUAUGGCCCUCAUUGUAUACUAUAGCAGAGCUACAGUGCUGAAACGUUCCUUGAUUGGUUUGGGCACAGUUCUUGCCUUACUUGCCUUACUGGGAUUGCUGGCCUACGUUCUGUGGAGAAGGAAGAAAAAUAUUGAUUCAGAUACUGGUGGAACACAGAGAUCUGGUUCAUUUUUUGUAAAGAAGACCAAGGGAGAAAGGUUGUGCAAUAAUAACAACAGAGAGAAUGAAGUGAGAGCAGAUGGCUCCGUUGGAUUCCUGAACCAGGGUUCGGAAGGUUCCGUUACUUAUGCGACUGUCCAGUUCCGUUCCAACCUGUCUGAGGAUCGUGUGGUUUAUUCCAGUAUCAAUCAACCCAAACCGGCUGUUGAUCCCUCAGAUACAAGUGACAUCUACAGUGUGGUAAAGAAACCUGGAAACACCACAACGGGAGACACCAAGCAUGACUAUGAGAAUGUGGACAAGAUGGAAGAGGAACUACACUACUCUUCCUUGGUGAACCUGGCUCCACGACCUGGUCCUACCUAUGGAGACUCAGAGACAGAGUCUGAAUCAGAGGACAGCAUUCAGUACGCUUCACUGAAGCACUGAACUUCUUGACAGUUAUGGGUCCCAGAUAUGUUCUUUCCACAAGAAGGAUUAUCAGUGGGUUAGAGUUCAUUUUCGCUUCAAGUGUGCCUUCAAGUCAUUUCUGACUUAUGGAGACCUUAAGGGGUUUUCUGGGCUUGAGAGUGUUCGACACACCCAAAGGCACCCAUCUUACAUUGUGGCUUUUGCAACUCAGAAAAGUUUGAGAGAGAGAAAGAAGAUAUGACUGUAUCCAGAGACAAGCAAGGUUGGGCCUAAGAUAUCUGCUGUCCUAUCAUGGUCAGUGGAGGAGAUGUGGCUCCUGGGAAUGUUGAAUUUACUGAAGAGUGUCAGGAUCCAAUGGGAAAGAUCUAUCUUCCUUAUCCAAUCCAAUGAGAAACAUCUACUGAUGCCUUCAUUCUACUCAACAAGCAAAUCUAUUCUGUAGGAACAUUAGAAACUAAUGUGAUAUCCAUUAGAUGCCCAUUUAUACCAAUUUGAUUUAUGUUGACCAGGAGGAACUCUUCAGGCCAAAGAGCUUUUGUGAUCAUGUAAUGAUCUGAACAAGCCACGAGUUGGGCUGGGAUCUUCUUCCAGUACUGUGUAUGCUUCUACACACCUUACAAAUACCUUCAGUUUAGCUACUCCUAGACUGUAUCCAACAUGCCUGGAGAAGCUAAGAUACCACCUCAGAAACCUCUCUUUGUUUCUGAGAUCAAAGAGGUAUUUUGCCAUAAGGAUGCAUUGUUUCCUUGUAGAAACACAGGCACUUAUACUAUCCAGUUCAGCAUGUGUUUGUAACAGGGGUGACCAACUUUGCAAAGGGAGGUUAAUUUGCUCCUUUUCAGUUCCUUCAAGGGCAGUUGUUUCCUCCAAACUCACCCAACAAUGGCAUGUUGCUCCCAAGAAAUUCUCAACCCAUUUUACUUUUGGGUUGAAAGCGGUACCCCACCCUUGACAUACACUGUACUCAUCUUUUAAGCUUUUGUAUGAGCACAAUCAUAUUCUCCAAAGCUCUGAACAGCUCUUCCUGCUAUUCCUUCUAAUGCAGUUCCAUUGAGCAUGCCAAACUUUGACCUGUAAAUCAGAUUCUCUCCAACUGACAUGUUCCCCUUAAGCUAGGUUUGUAGUGCUAUGAGCCCUGGUUUUUCAAAAGCCAAUAAAACAUCUGGUUCUAAAUAUAAUUAUUCCAUGUUCGUAUUUUCUCUGUAUUACAGUGUAAUCGUUCUGACAUCAUGACUAUUCACAGUGUUUGCUUUCAACUCCAGCUACAGUAUUGAUUGAACAAACAGUAAUAUCCCAUGUUUUGCAAAACAUGCCCUCAGCCUUCUUCAUAGUAACCAAAUGCAUAUUCUUUGUCUCAUUUAGCAGAAAUGGUAAUGAUUUGAAAGGCAACUUUGCUGUAUGUAUUUACUAUAUAUCACAUAUUUUUCUUCUGAUACUUCUAAUAAACAUGUUUAUUUAUUGUUA